CACACACAUUCCACACCAAAGGUCUACUCUACAAUCCUCCCUAUAAGUUACCCCUAAAACUUCCAUAGCUAGACAACCCACACUUCUCUUUCUUCUUCUUCGUUUAUUCCCCUUUCUCUCUAUUUACCACCAAGCCUAAGGCAAUGGAAUAUGGCAGGCUCGGAAAAGCCGAGCCUGGUGGCUCCUCAUCCCGGGACCUGCCUACUGACCCCAAACCAACACCCAAAAAGUCCAAAAUCAAGCUUCUGCUCAUCCUAGCCGCCACACUCAUUGUGGCGUCCGCCGUCUCCGCCGCGCUCGUGGUGGUCAUCAGAAACAGAGCGAAUUCCGGCCCCGGCGCACGGCUACACAAUCGACGGCCGUCUCAAGCCAUGUCCCGAGCAUGUAGCCGUACUUUGUAUCCUUCUCUCUGCCUCAACUCGCUCCUCGACUUCCCCGGCGCGAUCACCGCCUCCGACGGAGAACUCGUCCACAUUUCCGUUAAUAUGACUCUCCAAAAAGUCGGCCGCGCUCUGUUUUCCGCGUCUGAGAUCCGCAAUCUCGAUAUGGAUCCUCGCGUCAGGUCGGCGUACAUGGACUGCCUAGAGCUCCUCGACGACUCCGUGGACCUCCUCUCUCGCUCCCUCACCUCCGUCGUGCCCGGAGGCGCACCCGCCGGGUCCACUCAGGACGUCUUAACUUGGCUCAGCGCCUCUUUAACUAACCAGGACACCUGCAACGAAGGCUUCGAUGAACUGAACGGCUUCGUGAAGAGUCAAAUGUCCGAUAGGCUAAAGGAUUUAUCCGAGCUCGUGAGCAAUUGUCUCGCGAUAUACGCCGCCGCCGGAGGCGACCGGGAUUUCUCCGGUAUACCGAUACAGAAUCGCCGCCGGCGAUUACUGAGCCACAAAAAAGAGCACGAGCCGUUCCCGUUGCCAAUAUGGUUAUCCCGGAGAGAACGAGUACUGCUAGACAUGCCGGUGUCGGCGAUUAAUGCCGAUAUAAUCGUCUCGAAAGACGGCAACGGAUCGUACAAAACAAUAGCAGAGGCGAUCAAGAAGGCGCCCGAGCACAGUAAUCGGCGAUUCAUCAUCUACGUGAGGGCAGGAAGAUACGAAGAGGAUAACUUGAAGGUGGGAAGGAAGAAGACAAACAUAAUGUUCAUCGGAGAUGGCAAGGGCAAGACAGUCAUUUCAGGAGGAAAAAGCGUGCAGGAUAAAUUGACAACAUUCCACACCGCGUCCUUUGCCGCAACCGGCGCCGGUUUCAUUGCUAGGGACAUAACCUUUGAGAACUGGGCCGGUCCCAGCAAGCAUCAAGCUGUCGCCCUCCGAGUCGGUGCGGACCACGCUGUGGUCUACAGAUGCAACGUGAUCGGGUACCAAGACACACUAUACACACACUCGCAACGACAAUUUUAUCGCGAGUGUGACAUCUAUGGCACGGUGGACUUCAUCUUUGGCAACGCGGCCGUUGUGUUCCAAAACUGCACGCUACACGCCCGAAAGCCCAUGCAACUUCAAAAGAACACGAUCACGGCCCAGAACCGCAAGGACCCUAAUCAGAACACAGGCAUUUCGAUCCACGCCUGUAGGAUUGUGGCCGAACCUGACCUGGAGGCAGCCAAAGGCGCCUACCCGACGUAUUUAGGGCGGCCGUGGAAGAUGUACUCGCGCACCGUAUACAUGCUCUCGUACUUGGGUGAUCACAUUCAUCCUAGGGGGUGGCUAGAGUGGAACUCAACGUUUGCCCUAGACACGUUAUACUAUGGGGAGUACAUGAACUAUGGACCGGGUGCUGCGUUAGGGCAACGCGUGAAAUGGCCUGGAUAUCGUGUGAUCACAUCCACGAUCGAGGCCAGCAAGUUUACAGUGGCACAAUUUAUCUAUGGGUCGUCGUGGUUGCCCUCCACUGGGGUGGCAUUCUUGGCUGGGCUAUCAAAUUGAAUCACACACAUAACUAAUUCUAUUUUAAGUAAACUGGGCUUGGUCUAUACAUGGCUAUGGUCCUAUUGAUAUAGUAUAGUAAUUUUUUAGGUUUUUUCUCUAAUUUCAUAUGGUCAAAAAUUAAUAUUUUCUUAAACCGGAUUCGAGUUUGAAGCCACUCGAAUUCAUUAAUAUUUGUGUUUUUAUUACAAAUGAGAGUUUUCAUUGUCUGUCUUCUUAAUUCGAUAAUGUUGGAUGGAUGGAGAGUCUUGCAUCCGAUCCACUGAAAGUUUUACAAAUUGACUCAUAAGAUUGAGUAAUGGACUAAGAUUUGUUACCAAAAUAGUGAUUUUGAAGUGUUGUGAAUCAAAAUGAUGCAGUAAAGUUGAAUGAAAAUAAUGUGGAAUUGGGCAA